CUCCAGCAGAACUCAGACGACAGGCAGACAAACAGAAAUUUUGUAACUGGGAGUGACUUCCUUUUUACUUGUAUUACAAAAAAAAUUAAUUUAUUUUUACUAAAAAUUGUUUUACGCUCAACACAAACGAUGAUCGAUGUUGGUAAAUACUUAGUGACUUUUUAUGUAAGUGAAAUUUAGAAAAGUGCUGAACAACAAAACGCAAUUUAUGGUUUUAUGUGAAAAAUAACAAAACAACUUCGCAUCGAUUUUUCCUUCCACACCGAAAAAAUGAUUUAAAACAAACAAACAAUUUAAAGGAUCAGAAUUGCAUACAGAUUUGAUUUUUGAAGAAGGAAGGGACAAUGCCUGAAAAUUUAGAAUUGCAUCAAUUUGUCGGUGGUCUGCGUCCAAGCAGCACCUCCCACCGAUGGCUGACGUCGUUGAAAGCGAAAUUAGCAUGUCCAUAUUUAGGAAUAAUCCUUGCAACGCUAUCGUCGCUUUUCUUCUCAUUAUGUUCGGUAAUUGUGAAAGGACUUGUCGAUGUUAAUCCUAUGGAAUUGGCAUCAUUUAGAUUCAUUGGAGUUCUCCUACCAGCCAUACCUAUUGUGAUAUAUACCAAACAACCAGUAUUUCCCGAGGGUAAACGUAUAAUUUUACUUUUACGCUGUUUUAUGGGUACCACGGGGCUAAUGUUAAGUUUUUAUGCUUUUCGUCAUAUGCCUCUGGCAGAUGCUUCCGUUAUUAUUUUCUCAACUCCGGUGUUUGUUGCUAUAUUUGCUCGUUUGUUUCUAAAAGAACAAUGUAGCUUCUUUAACAUAAUAACAAUUGUACUGACAUUGAUUGGCGUUGUUCUUAUAACACGCCCGCCAUUUAUAUUUGGAGAUGCAGCACCAAGUUUGGAAGAAGAACGAUUUUCAGGUAAGCGUUACGAUAUUUGGGGUCCAGUAGCAGCGAUAUCAUCGACUCUUUUCGGUGCAAAUGUUUAUAUACUUCUUCGUGCCCUUAAGGGUUUACACUUCUCGGUUAUUAUGACGAAUUUUGGAGCUUUUGCUCUGGUUUACACGUUGAUCGUGUGCUGGUCGAUUGGAGCAAUCUGUUGGCCAGCUUGUGGCUAUGAUCGGUUUCUUGUUAUUGUCUUAGCUUUAUUUAGUUUCUUAGGGCAAAUUUUGCUCACAUUAUCGUUGCAGCUUGAACAAGCUGGUCCAGUAGCAAUUGCUCGCUGUGCCGAUAUUGUAUUUGCUUUUAUAUGGCAGAUGAUUUUCUUUGGUGAAGCACCAACUGGAUACUCCUUGUUUGGAGCAACACUUGUUGUCAGUUCAGUGAUAUUGACAGGUUUGAAAAAGUGGGCAAUGUCAUUGCCAAGAGAUUCAACGACGCGAAAGCGUCUACGGCUAUUAAUAAUUGAUUAAACUAAGAAAUAGAUAUAAACAAACACACACACACCCUGGUGGUUUUGACAUAUUAAAAAGAAUUUUAAAAAAUAUAAAUGAAAUAUAUAACUUAUGCAAAUUAAACUGAGGCUAAAUAUGGUUGGGAAAGUAAUAUUAUACGUGAAUAAUACUCAAUGAAAUCGCAUGUUUUACUUAAGAAGUAUUAUUUCUAUAGUAUAAGGCUUAGGCAAUUUUUAUUUUAAAUUAAUUAAUGCAAUGGAAUAGCAAAAUGUUACACACGAUCUCUGCCAUCAUCACAUAUGAAUAUAGUUAAAAAUUUAAAUUAAAUUAAAUUAUUAAAAAAAAAA